CGCGGGCGAUGGCGCGGGGGCUCAGCCUGGAGCAGCGCACGGAGCGUCUGGUGCAAAGGAGCCAGGCCCUGCUCAGGCCCCGCCCCUGCGGGCCGGGGAGGGCGGAGCCUGCCCUUGGCUCCGCCCCCUGCAGCUCCGCCCUCGAUGACCCGCUCGUCCAAUGGCGCUUGAGGCGGUGCCAAUGGGAGGAGCCAGCGCUGGACACGCCCCUGGUGGGUGGGGCCCUGCAGGGGGCGGGGCCCCGGGAGUCACGUGAGCCAGCGGAGGCCCCGUGGCCAAUCAGGAGCCGCCUCUGUGGGCACCAGGGGGCGUGGCCAUCCCUGGCCGUCUCCCAGGAGCCCUUGCGGCGGGAGCCAUGUUGGGAGUCACGUGACCCAGCAGAGGCCCCACGGCCAAUCGGGAGCCGCCUCUGCGGGCACCAGGGGGCGUGGCCAUCCCCGGCCAUCUCCCAGGAGCCCUUGCGGCGGGAGCCAUGUUGGGAGUCACGUGACUGCGGCGGGGCUCCGUGGCGUGCGCCAUAUUGGACGUCGUGCCUGCGGCCUGCAAUGGAGGCACUUCCGGAGCCCCUGCGCCGGGCAGGGCCGGGCUCGAGGCCACGUGACCCCCGCGAGGCCCCGCAGCCAAUCAGGAGCGGCGCCUGUGAUGCCCAUCAGGGGGAGCCAUGGGAGCAGCCACUGGGUGAGGCCCCAGAGGAGCCCCUGAGGGUCAGGGGGGUCACUUGGUGUCUGUGA